ACUGUCCUUACAUGGGGCCUGGGAGGCAUUCAUUCCACAAAUACAAAUUGAGGACCAGCCAUGGGUCAGCCCCUUGCCCCUGCAACAUCUCCACCCCAAACAUCAAGCUCUGUGCUGCCCUCUGAUCCUCAGCACCGUGAUCUGCUGAUGGCCUCCUGUCCUCAGUGACUCAACAAUUCAAUCAAAAUCUAUCAGUAUCCAUGACUGGGCAUUGGGAGGGAAUAGGGAGGCAACAGUCCUGUUUCAGUUGGUCACCAUGCAUUGGAGAAGAGGUAUUGUUGCCCUGGGCAGGCGGGGCCGCGGGCUUAAAAAACCGGAACCCACCUGGGCUGGACGCAGCCCUAGAAGCCUCCUCAGACCAGCCGGCUCUCAGGUGAGCUCAGGAGAAGCCUCUCAGACCGGUCCUGCGUGCUGCUGUGUCAUGGAGGGGGUGACCCGGGCCCUUCUCCUCCUGUUGGCUGGACUGCCUGUCUUGGAUGCCAGUGACGUGGUUGAUAAAGACAGUCCCUUCUACUAUGACUGGGAAGGCCUGCAGCUGGGCGGGAUGAUCUGUGCAGGCCUCAUGUGCAUCGCUGGACUCUUGUUUGCCCUGAGUGGCAAAUGCAAAUGCAAGAACAAGCAGAAGCACGGCUCCUUACCUGAGAAAGCUGUUCCACUCCUCAUUCCAGGCUCUGCCAGUACCUGCUGAGCACAGGAUCGGUUUCAUGACCUUCUCUGCACCGGCUCCCAUACUGUCCCCUUCCCCUUGGGGGCCUUACCCACUCAGGAUGGCUUUUCUCUCUGUUGGUGGGCCCUGAGGCUCCCUUCUGAUCAAAAGGCUGUCCAGAGCUUAUUUCUAUAUUAAAUUUCUCUCCCCCUCUGAUGGA